CAUAUUAGACGAAAGAGAUACUAUGAAGAAGAAGGGGUAGAUCUCGGAGUGGGAAAUAACGAGCGUUGGAACGUCUGCGAGAGUCGUGUCGCUACUUCCGAGGAAAUAACAUCUUAUAGGACACUUUGUAGCGAAGAGGUAAUUCUAUCAAGAUGUCAAGACCGAUCCUAAGCAGACCGCGCACGCGCGUGUAUGGAUGCAACUAUGACAAGGGGGAGUCGUAUUAUAAGCCAAUGGUCGAUCACUUGGAUCGAAAGUAUAGCUCACGACCACUUUUUUCCGAACCAAGAACUUCGUUGGCUGACGAGAUCGCAGCCCGACGAGGCGACAUCGGCACCCUCCCCGUGCGCAACAGUCCCGUCGGGCGUGACCUUGACCUUGAAUCAGAUCCUUCCAUCCGCGGCCCACAAUUACCCACCGCGCUACCCUCCCUGGCCGCCGCCGACGAGUUGUCCUCCGUCGAAGACGAGGAUGUUGUAUACGACAGCCGUGGGCAGCGUAGCCGGCGUCGGUUCGCUGAGAAUUUUGCCAACGAUGUCGUGGCCACCACGCAACAUUUGAAAGCGAAGCUGGCCGCGAUCGGGUUGGAGGACGAGGUCGGCGAGGUUCUGGGGAAAGCGCGGCACGGCCGGUUGAGGAGGAAUCUUGAUCAGGAUAUUAAGUCGAUCGGCGAGGAGGCGGAGGCCACGUUUAAAAGGCGUUCCAAACUGUUCGACGAGAUCGACCGUUUGGAGGAGGGCGGGCCGUUGGUAGCGAAGAAAUGGUCGAGAUUGAUGGACGAGAACGAGAACUCGGCCGCGAGCGCGGCCGCGAGCAGAGCGAAACAGACGAAGGCUCGUCUGAACGACCUCGAGUCCGAGAUGGAGGAGCUUGCGGAGAGGCAGGCGAAACGAGAGCGCAGGGCGGCCGGUCUCAGAGCGUUGAUCAACGAGAAUAUUGCCGACACGAAGGAGAAUAUGCAGGAGCAGUCGGUUGUUAGCAAAAAGUCUGUCUCCAUCCGUCGAGCCGAGAAACACGUCGCUUUUUAAAUCGCGAGUUCUAUAUAUGAGAUUAAUUGUUUGUUAACCUGAGGUAUGAUGAUGAUGAUGAUGAUGAUCGUGUUUUGUUUCAUACAAAAAAAAAAAAGAAAGAAAGAAAAGAAGGAAAAAAAAA